AUGGUGUUUCCUGGACAACGCCGACUUCCUGUCCGUCCGCAGAAGUGUCCGGCUAGCCCCGCGCAAGGAGCGUUCUUUGGUUCCGCUGGCGUCGCUGGCCCAGGUCGGUUCCGCCCGAAGGGGGGCGUCGGCAUCGGGCAGAGCUGCGCGCCUGCGGGGCUGAGGGGCUGAAGCGGGAGGGAGAGGGAGACCCGCCGAGUGCAGGGCGGAGAAGCUCCACUUUGGAGGCCAGGUAGCGCCCGGCUACUCCUCGAGCGGGACGAGGCAUGCCUCGCCAGGGAGGCGGUGUGGGGUGCUAGAUCUUUCUGCGUGCAAAUCAGGGCAGUUUCCUCACCGCUAGAGUGAGGAAACUGUUGCCAUGGAGACUCCCCCGGGAUAGUGGGGGGGGGGGGGUGGAAGAGAGAAGGAGGAGGGGGAGAAACUUUGGGUGAGCUGGGAUUAGGGAAGUGGCCAAGCUCCCUUUGCUGGCAGAAAUUCAACAGGCGUAGCUCCUCCGCCUCACUAGGUAAAGCUGGACCUGUAGAGCUUCUGCCUGUCUCGUACUGAUGAUGCUCAGAGCUUCUUUCAAUGUGGGAGGGGGGGAGAAGAAGGUGAUGAACGUAGGAAGGAACUGACUGGCAACCUAGAGGGUGCAGAUAAAUAUGUUCUCUUUUCAGCAGCUACUCCUGCUAGAUCAACCAGGCUACUUUCCUGUGGGUUUUUGUGUGUGUGUGGCAAGCGAAAACUCAAGAGGUGUAGCUUCUAGGAUAGUGCUGCAGCGACGAGCGAAGAUUUGCCUGUUGGAUUUCUGUCUGCUAAGGUAUAAGAGCUCUGCCGGCGGAAAUCCAAGUGGGAUAUUCCAAAGGGGCCCUUUCCCCAGAAGACCUCACUCUUGACAUUGCAUUGGGAAUAUGUAAUUGAUUUCUGUUGUUACUUACGCAUCUGGCCUGAGUCCAGGAAGCUUAACCUCAACAAAGAUACGCAAGUCCUUCUUCCUGGUCUUCUACUGCUUAGAAAGAGGCUUUUCUAGGUGGAGUUUCUUUGGGCCAGAAACUGCCUACUGUCUCUGUUACAUUGAUACUCCUCAAAAUCAGGAGCAAGGACGGGGGGGGGAGGGGAAGAAGUUUCUUAAUUUUGCACAUUUAAGUUGACCAUGAUUUUAGUAACUUGUAGGAAGGUGUAGUGAAAGGCAAGGCUUUUGUUCUUCAUGUUGUACCUUUCAUUAAGCAGUUGUUUUGAUAUGAUUUGCAAUAAUCAACUGCUUUGUGGAAACUACAGUCUCCUUUGGUUGCUGAUUUUCUGUGUAGUUCAGGUUUAUUACCACCUUUCUGCUGUCACCAAUUGCAUUCCUGUUUGUCUUGUAAAAGGUAGUUUCAUCGGUGUCUAUUUUGCAGUAGCUGUACAAGGCCACACUUCUUUGCAUUCUGGUAACCUGAUAAGCAGAUGGCUGGAGAGUGAUGAAGGAGAAAUUCAGUUGUGAAAAGCUCAGCUUUGGAACAGAGGCUUAAAAGACAAGGCAUCAUCAUAGAUCAGGUAGUCACUUCCUGACCCAGCGAGGUUGCUGUUGUUUUAUCUUCUAGUCAGUAAUGUCUCCUGCUGAACUUUUAUUUACUUUUAUUUACUUUUAUUUUGUUUCCUCUGAUAAGCAGGAUUCAGCAGAUGAGGGAAAAUGCUGGGGAAAUUAGUGGCUGUUUCCAGUUCUGGGGGUGGCUGCCUGUCUUUGUAACAGAUAUUAUGAUUGCUUGUAGGAGUGAAAGAGCACCGUGAGGAUCACAAUAGGGCUUGCGUACUCUGGUGGCACAGUUACAACAUUGGUCACCCUCUCACAACACCUUUGCUGUGCACAAACAGACUUUUUAAGCCACAUUCUCUUCAUAUGAAAAUUAUUCACUUUUAGGGGCUGAUGAUAUUAAUAGAACUUGCGGGGGAAUAUUGCAACAAGGCACGCUGAGCCCUGGGAUUCUAUCUACAUGGAAAGAAAACUUAUUUGGAAGACCCCCCCAGGUGUAGGGGGAGGGGAAAACCCACCAGUCUUGGCCAUGGUCUCCUCUCUGAGUCAAAGUGGAACAUAGUCCCAUGAUGAAAUAAGAGUACUUUGUUCUGUUAGGAAAGUUUGCUGCAGAAACGAAAGCUUGGGCGCUUAUAUCACUAAAGAAAACUGGGCUUUUGAGUAAGUGGGUCCCAGCUGGCUCUGUUAGUAUCUUGAUCCCAUGUCAACUUUUUGGAGGGGCGGGUUACUGCCAAUACAGUUUGCGUGCAACAAGGGUGUGCGCUGACUCUUAGUCUGUGUGUGCUUUGAGCCCCCUACAGUACAUAGUAUGCUUAGCAGUUUGAUUCCAAGGAUACCUGUGGAGUGCUGGAGGAAUUAUACUGGCUGUGUCAUUUUGGGGGUGGGAGGAAGCCGCCUGCCUCGAUCUUCUUCAUGCAUCUUUUGCAAUGAUGUGGCUGUGGAUACAAAUUUCUCAAGGGCUGGUGCCAAAGUAGUUAAUCACAUCACCACAACCUCCGUUUAUACUCCUAGAAUGUUAGCAUGUGAACCUGACUUUGUUCUCCUUUCAGCUUAGAGCAGACGUAGCCAGCAUGGGGUCCCCCAGAUGCUAAUUGGACUACUGCUUCCAUCAUCCCUGACCACUGGCCAUGCUGGCUGGAGCUGACAGGAAGUUGGAGUCCAACAAUGUAUAAAAACAUCCUGCUGGAUCUGGCUGAUGACUAGUAGCCGUGGAUAGCUUUAUUCCUCCAUGAAUUUGUCUAAUCCUCUUUUAAAGUCACCCAUGUUGGUGGCCAUCAUUGCAUCUGGAGAGCAAUGCCAUGUUGGUUACCCCUGGCUUAAGACAUCAUUGUAGUUAGGGGCUUAAUUCGCUGGAAAGGAGGUGCUCCUGCUGCGCUUCAGAAAAACUACGUGCUUUUGUCUUCUUAAUCUGCUGUCUUUCCUUUCACUUGCCACACUUCCUUGCCACUCGUCUCUUGCCACACUUCCCACACUAUUGAGGAGUGAUUCCGUACACACAUAUCGUGAGUUGUGAUAAGCACCUGUGCAUUCUCCAGCCUUCACAGUGUCCAUCAUGAACCAAAAUGUGAAACUAACCAAAUUCUAUCUUCUGGGUGCUAUUCUAAUUUUUCUUCCUCUCCCACUCUAUCAGUGUCACCCUUUUUAUACAAAGCUUUGCCCCAAUACAAGGGUUUUAACUUGUCUUACCAUGGGUUCUGUGGUGAGUUGCCAAGUAGAAUAGACUUUCCCUGCUGAAAUAAUGUUCAUCUUCCUAUGCCAGUGACCACUGCUUAACAACUCAAUUGAAAUAGGGAAAGGGGAACUUCUAGUACUCAGGGUUGGUGGGACUCAGCCAAUUUGCUCCUCACAAUUUCCAUAGUUUUGCACUUCUAGCUUCUCCAGUACUUGCAGUAUUUUGAGCAAGAGCAAAGGAGAGAACUGGCAGCGGCUGUACUUCAUCUUACCAUCCAGGUUUUGUGGAGGAAACUGACCAAGUUUGUAUGUUGUGGGGGGAGGUCACCCCCCUUUCAUAGAAGAUGCUGCAGAUUGGAAUGGAGAAUUGAGUGAAAGAAGAAAACAGAGGAACCAAAAUGGGAAAAAAGACUGGAAAGCAAAUGGAUAGAUACGGAUUUGCUAAGUCAUCUGCAAACCACAUUCCGUCCACAGGCCACUAGUUGCUGAAAGCUGUGCAGCAUGCAUCCUCAGUACUCUAUAG